AUGGAAGAAUCCACAGAGAUGUUUGGAGAUAUCAACCUCACUCUUGGGAUGCUGAACAAGGAAGAUAACAUUAGCAAGGAAGACAUUUACAGCCAUCUCACUUCAGUUAUUCAGAAUACUGACAUCUUGGAUGAUGCAAUUAUCCAACGGUUGAUUCAUUACACUUCUAAGGACAUGCGAGAUGAAAGUAUUCUCAGAGAAAUCAGAAUGCUAGCUGGUGAGGUGUUGGUCUCUCUGGCUGCUCAUGAUUUCAACGCUGUGAUGUACGAAGUACAAAGUAACUUCAGGAUUCUAGAGCUGCCAAAUGAAUUUGUUGUGCUUGCCCUGGCUGAACUGGCAACCAGCUAUGUACGUCAGAGCACUCCCUUCAUGACGAUGACACUGCUCACCAUGCAAACCAUGCUCAGGCUGGCAGAGGAAGAAAGGAUGAAACAAACUUUCUGCAUUGCCCUUGAGAAGUUCAGCAAAGCGAUUUACAAGUAUGUCAACCACUGGAAAGAUUUCCCCUACCCCAGAUUGGAUGCCAACCGACUCUCUGACAAGAUCUUCAUGCUGUUCCGGUACAUAAUGGAGAAAUGGGCCCCCCAGGCCUCGCCCAUGCAUACUUUGGCCAUAAUUAAGGCCCAUGGCCCUGCUGUGAGCCUGCUGCUGCAUCGGGAAGACUUUUCUGAAUAUGCUCUAAGUCAGGUGACCUGGCUUCUGAACCAGUAUACAGACACAGAGACCGAUUUCCAUGUCACUCAGAGUCUAAAGCAGAUAUUGACUGCAGCAGUACUUUAUGACAGUGGCAUUCCUAGGAACCUGAGAAAAUCUAUCUUUAUCAAUUUACUCCACCAGAUCUGCACAGUUCCAGAGCCUCCAGUAAAAGAAAAUGAAAUUGAAGCUUCAAACUGUUUUCUCAUUCUAGCCCAUUCCAAUACUUCAGACCUGCUUGAAUUUUUUGAUGAACAAAUAAGAAGUAACAAUGAAGCUGUUCGAAUGGGAAUCUUGACUUUAUUAAGAUCAGCUAUCAAUGCUGAGGAGCCCAAGUUGAGGGACCAUAUCACUUCAAUUGAAAGAACAGUCAAAGUUGUCAUGGGUGACCUUAGUAUAAAAGUAAGGAAAUGCACCCUUCUCCUCAUCCAAACUAUGUGUGAAAAGUGCUAUAUUGAAGCUAAGGAAGGAUGGCCAUUGAUUGAAUACAUCUUCACCCAGUUUGCAAUGUCUAACAGGAAACCGGAGAAACCAGUGAAAACUAACUCCCAAGUGAAUGAAAAUGGAGAGACUGUUCAAGAAACAAGCCUUGAGGUCUUAAAAUCCCUAGACCCACUAGUCAUUGGAAUAUCUCAGGUGCUUUGGCCAAGAAUCCUGACUUUUGUGGUACCUGCUGAAUACACAGGAACUCUGGAGCACCUGUUUAAUAUCAUCAGAAUUCUGCUUAUGGCAGAGGAGAGAAAGAAACAUGACGUCAAGGAGUCAACAGCACUUGUCAUCUCUACAGGAGCUGUGAAACUUCCUUCACCACAGCAGCUACUAGCAAGAAUUCUGGUAAUAUCUAUGCUUGCCAGUUUAGGGAAAUUAUGUGGGGCUGGUGCAAUAGGACUUUUGAAGGUGUUUCCUGAGAUAAUCCACCCCAAAUUGGCAGACUUGUGGAGAACACACUUACCUGAGCUCCUGCAGCCUGUGGAAGGGAAGAAUGCUAGUAUUGUGCUGUGGGAAACCAUGCUGCUUCAGCUGCUCAAAGAAUCUUUAUGGAAAAUCAGUGAUGUGGCCUGGACCAUUCAACUGAGUCGGGACUUCAGCCAGCAAAUGGACAGUUACAGCAACACCUCCAUGGAGAAGAAAUUCCUUUGGAAGGCUUUGGGAACCACCUUAGCAUCCUGCCAAGACUGCCACUUUGUGAACUCACAGAUUAAGGAGUUUCUGGUUACUCCCAGCCAGCUGGGGGACCAAAGACAGGGAACAACGUCCAUUUUAGGAUACUGUGCCGAGAACCACUUGGAUAUUGUUUUAAAAGUUCUUAAAACAUUCCAAGAUGAGGAAAAGUUCUUCCUUAAUAGAUGCAAGGGCUUUUUUUCUGGGAGAAAGACGACCAAAACUGAUCUCAUAGUGAUCUAUGGAACUGUGGCCCUCCAUGCUCCCAAGCAGCAACUUGUUACCAGGCUUGAUCAAGACAUCACAGCCCAAAUCCUCUUUCUGUAUGGCCAGUGUUCUCAG